AUGGCUGCCGAUUACACUGCCGUGCCUAUCUCGAUCUGGGAUGGAACCGCUGCCAACACUGAUAUCUUUGCGCGCGCUAAUUAUAUCUUUGACGCCCCACUCUCCUUUGAGAAGUUGCAUGCAGCAUGGAUUGAGGUCUUGAGAGCACGACCCAUCACACAGGCCCGUGUGCGUCGUUCCAAGACUGCCCCAUCAGGUCUCGAGUACCAUGUCUAUACUCCCGAGGGCCUGGAGCGGUACCUGGAGCGCCAGUCCACUGCCCCCGAUCACUUGAAGGACUUCUUCUGCUUGGACCAGUCCAAGCGUUCAUUCACUGAAUACUCUCCGGCCCUGAAUCGCUCCGCGGAGGGCUCACGCGGCAUCUUCGUUGCCGAUGCACCGCAUCCAGAGGAUGACAAGCGCUGCACAUACUAUAACGCUGUCGGUUCCUUCGACGAGUUGCUUAAUUCAAAUCGUCCUGUCUUGACGACCCAAGUGACCCGGUUCAACGAUGCGACUAUCAUCUCGUAUACUUUCAAUCAUCUCAUGGGUGAUAUCUUCGCUAUCAAGGACACUUUCAAUGGCUUAUCCGACGCUCUUUAUGGAAAGCCCAUCGCCCCGUGGAAACAGCUCGGAGAAGAUCCUUUCGCUGAUUACGGCCCUGGCGGAAAACUCGCCGUCCGCUUCUUGACCCGCAUGCUCUGGGACGUCAAAUACGCAAGACCCGAGAGUACCAUGUCUCCGAAAUACGUCUUCCUCCCAGACACAGAGAUCAACCGACUGAUGCAGGAAGCGAGACACGAUCUCAUUGCUGUGGAAGAGAAGCGCAAGAAGGAGGGUAAACCACUCCAGACCCCACUCAAGAUUGGUCGCUCCAAUGUGAUUUAUGCGUGGGUUCUCAAGCAUAGCCACGAACACCUGGGUCCCGAGGAGAUCAGCACGCCUGUGACUAUCGCCAACGCCCGCGGCAGACCUCCUACCGGGAUGAGUCCUAACCCGGAGGAAAUCCUACCCCACAACUGGUGGAAUGGAUCAUACCUUGCCUCCUUGCCUAGUCUCAAGGUGCGCGAGAUAAGAGAGAUGUCACUAGGCGAGCUGGCGCUCCUAGUCCGCGAAGGAACUGACGCCGGAUCCUCGCCCGAAAGCGCACAGCGGAUCAUCUCCUUCGGCCUGCACAAUGGCGCAUGGAAGAAGCCUACUGGCAAACUUGCCUUCUGGAGCCCGCCCAACCACCGCUGGUCUGGGUUGACUGAUUGGCGUGCUGCUGGGUACGGCAAGGUAGACUUGUCGCCUGCCCGGCUUGAGGGAACUGGUCCCGUUAAUCUUUGCACCAUUCAUACCUCCAUGAUUAUGAACGGCACCCAUCGUGAUCGAUGGGCUUGUAUGGGAGAUGCUGGUGGUGGAACUUGGGUAAAGGGUACCGCCACCGAAUCUGAAUGGCGUCUUCCCACUGGGUUUGGCAAAUAUCCCCACUACCAACUUCCAACCAAGAAGGCGACAUCGAUUGAUGAAUAUCGAGUGCCGGAAGAGCCUCUGAAAAUCAAAUCCAAGCUUUGA